AUGGGGUUUGUGCGUGCAUCGUUGCUCGUCCUGUUCUGCGCCUGCACUCUGCAGCUCGCAAGCGGCCAGGGCAAGGUCAAAUACAGCAAGAAGGUGCUCGAGCGGGUCAGCUGCGGCAAGAAAGAGAAGGUUAAACGCGGAGACAGGGUCACCAUCCAGAUGGCCGCGCACGCGAACACGGACACGGACAGCUACAGCUCGGAGGGCACGGCCGAGCAGGAGUUCGUGGUCGGCCGCCACAGCAUCGGGCCCAUCAACAAGGGGGUCGUCGGCAUGUGCGUGGGCGAGUCCCGCCGCAUCACCGUGGUGAUCGAGCAG